AUGGGCGGAGGAAACGCAACAAAUGGAACCAAGGCGCCGAAGCCUGUCUUUCCCGCCGAGGCCGCGUCAAAAGAAUAUGCGGCUUCCCUCGACGCCACUGAUCCCCUCCGAGAGCUGCGAGAUCUGUUUAUUAUCCCUUCCAAGGCAAAUCUGUCUUCGAAGAAGCUAGCUAAGCCAGGCAAGUCCCCGAGAGCAUCGCGCCUUUCUAAUGAGCCAAGCAUUUAUUUCUGUGGCAACUCAUUGGGAAUCCAGCCCAAGGCUGUUUCCAAGUACAUGGAAGCUCAGCUCGAUACCUGGUCAUCUAUUGGUGUCUGUGGGCACUUUACCCGCCUCGAAGACUCGCCUUUGAAGGAAUGGCAACUUCUUUCCGAGCAGGCAUCGGCGUCCAUGUGCAAGGUUGUGGGCGCAAGCCCGCAGGAAGUCGCCGCUAUGGGAACCCUAACUAUGAACCUACACUUCCUGCUCGCGAGUUUCUACAGACCGACAGAGAAGCGACACAAGAUUCUCAUGGACUGGAAGGCAUUCCCUAGCGACCAUUACGCGAUUGAAUCCCAUGUCGCCUGGCACGGCCUCGACGCCAAGGAGAACAUGGUCCUGAUUGGCCCCGAUGAAGACCAGUAUGAGAUCUCGACUGAAAAGAUUCUCUCGUACAUUGACGAACAUGCGGAAGAUGCUGCUGUUAUUCUACUACCCGGUAUCCAAUACUACACAGGCCAGUUAUUUGACAUUCCCCGCAUUACAUCAUACGCCCAGUCUCGGGGCCUGAUCGUGGGCUGGGAUCUGGCACACGCAUAUGGAAAUGUUGAGAUUAAGCUUCACGACUGGAAUGUUGAUUUUGCCGCUUGGUGCACUUACAAAUAUGGCAAUGCCGGGCCCGGAGCAAUGGGCGGUCUUUUCGUGCACGAGCGCCACGGCGAAGUGGAUUACAGCCAGGGAGAGGAUGCGCCCAAGUUCCGACACCGGUUGACCGGCUGGUACGGCGGUGACCGAUCUGUACGAUUUAAGAUGGACAACAAAUUUAAACCUAUUCCCGGCGCUAACGGCUUCGUUAUCUCCAACCCCUCAGUGAUCGAUUUGACAACUCUCUGUGCUUCGCUGUCCGUUUUUGAUCAAACAUCAAUGGCUGACUUGCGUCAGAAAUCGCUUAAGCUUACUGCAUACUUGGAGUUCCUUCUUUUGAAGGAUACCACUGACGAGACUCGUCAAUUUGAUAUUAUCACUCCGUCGGAUCCUCAUGCCCGUGGCGCUCAAUUGAGCGUUUUGCUUAAGCCCGGACUUCUGCACAAGGUAGCUGAACGACUCCAAGAUGCCGGCAUUAUCUGUGAUAAGCGGGAGCCCGACGUUGUUCGUGUUGCACCUGUUCCUCUUUACAACACUUUUUCUGAAGUUUACACUUUUGUGGAAACAUUCAGAGGGGCUUUGAGUGCCUAA